AUGAGUUGGAAGACAGCCUGGUUUGAAUUCUGUUAAUUUAGCUUGCAACAACGAACCAAUUCCUUCGAAAUUACAACAAUGCCCGAAGUAGUUCCACCAUCAUCAGUAUCCUCGUUAACGGUAGCAAGGAUAGAAAAGUAAUUCCAACUCACACCUCAAAAUUACCACCGGAACCAGCCAGAUCCUCUCCAUCACCCCUUUUCCUCUCACUCCUUUUUUCUAUCGAAGCCAGAUCCGACAAACCCUAACCCUAACUCCCAAAUCAAUCGUUUCUCUGGUUUCGAUUCUUGGAAUCGGAAUCAACAUGGGCGAUUUCAACCUCGCCCUGGUGAUCGUGGCCGUGGUGGUGUGCGUGAUCGUGUUCCUCGUCAAUGUUUACCUUCUGGUGAACUACCAGCACCCCGACGAUGCCAACCAGGCUUACUUCCCCAAAUUCGUUGUCGUUUUGGGCCUCUCCGUGGCCGCCAUCUCGAUCCUCAUGCUUCCCGCUGAUGUGGCGAACCGGCAAGCGUGCCGCCACGCGAUAUACAACGGCGCGUGUAACCUCACGCUCCCGAUGAAGGACUUGUGGCUCGCCGUGUACAUCCUCGACGCGGUUCUCGUCUUCUUCGUUAUUCCAUUCGCCAUGUUCUACUACGAAGGCGACCAGGACAAGAGUAUGGGUAAACGGAUUAAGAGUGCGUUGUUGUGGAUGGUGACAACGGCUAUAGUGUGCGCUCUCGUGCUGGGUAUUUUAUACGGGCUUGUUGGUAAGGUGGACUUUACUGUUAGGCAUCUCUCUUCAUCCACAACUUCAUUUCCGAGCACAUGGACAUUCAGUAGUAGUCAACAAUGUAUUGGAAAUGGUGUCCAUCAGUGCUCAGCAUACACUGCUAGUCCUUCGUCAGAGAAAACAUGGACCAUGCGUUCUACCUUUCCAGAAUAUGUGGUUGCACUUGCUACAAUUGUUGGAUCUGUGCUUUUUGCUAUAUUUGGUGGCGUUGGUAUUGCUUGUCUUCCAUUAGGACUUUUAUUUUCAUUUAUCCGGCGUCCAAAGGCUGUUAUCACUCGCUCACAGUAUAUCAAGGAAGCUACUGAACUGGGUAAAAAAGCAAGAGAACUAAAGAAAGCAGCUGAGGCACUCCAUCAGGAAGAAAGAAGUGGUUCAAAGGGUAGAAAGUUUCGUAAAAAUGUGAAGGAAGUAGGAAAGGAGUUGUUUCAAUUGGAAGAAGAUGUAAAGCUUCUAGAAGAGAUGUAUCCACAAGGGGAAAAGGCUGAGACAACUUGGGCAUUAACAGUUCUUGGUUAUCUGGCAAAACUUGUUUUGGGAAUUUUAGGGUUGAUUGUUUCAGUGGCAUGGGUUGCUCAUAUUAUUAUCUACCUAUUAAUUGAUCCUCCCCUUUCUCCUUUCCUGAAUGAAGUCUUCAUCAAGCUGGAUGAUGUCUGGGGUCUUCUUGGCACUGUUGCAUUUGCAUUUUUUUGCUUCUACCUUCUCCUUGCUGUGAUUGCUGGUGCCACGAUGCUUGGACUGAGACUAGUUUUCAUUACUAUACAUCCCAUGAAGUGGGGAGCAACUCUCAUGAACUCUUUUCUGUUUAAUGUGGGCCUUAUCCUUCUUUGUUCAAUCAGUGUGAUCCAGUUCUGCUCCACAGCAUUUGCCUACUACGCUCAAGCAACUGCAGCCCAGGAAAUAUUUGGCCACACUUUGGAGUCUCUUCGUGGAAUUAAAUAUUUGUACAAGUACAAUGUAUUUCAAAUUGCAUUUGUUGUUUUGGCUGGAUUGACUUUUGUGUAUUACGCUGCCUUUGGAUGGAGAAGAAAAAAGCUUAGUGGCAGGUUCCAAUUGUCUACAUGAGUUAUGGCCUUAGCCUGGAAAAUAGACUCUGGAGUGAGCCAUCGGGGAUUCCUUGUCUCAUCUUAUCCUUUGGAGUGGUUUUUAUAUUCGGAUGUUUUGGCCUAGUUUUGUUUUAUGUUGAAAGCUAUAGAGCAAGCUGAUCAUCAUCUGAGUAGAAUAAUUUGAUGCGAUCGAAUCAUUAGUUGGGUGCACAUGCUGCAACUUUGGUCUUUACUUCUGUCGCCCUUGUAUGUAUUAUUCCUUUGUUUGAUUGUUACAUUCUACUCAUUAUGUAAUUAAACGUAAUAUUUCGUGUAUGCAAGAGUACUGGGUUCCCACAAUACUGAGAUAAUGCCACCCUUGCCAAGGAGAAAUUGUACGAGCAGGACAAUUUUUAUUUUUAUGAGCAAACGUGUGUUACCUCAUUCUUUGUAUAAUAGGUUUCUUUUGAUAGGAACUGGUGGGGCUUUCAGAAUAUGUAUCAUCGCCGUUUCGAAGUCUUCUGCAUUUGAUGAUUAUGUAGCCAUUUUUUUUCUUAGCUGAAGUAUCUAGAGGCUUUCUCUUCUCUCCGUGUCUCCUCACUACGUUCGAUCUACAAUUCAUCCAUGUAGAUCAUUGUAUUUUACAUUAUAUGCAACAAUUACAUAUAAUAAUCGCGAAUAAAUUGAGUACUAUAUUC